AUCAUGUCCGUUUGUUGGAGCAUCGCAGCGGUUAUGACUAUUAAUCAGAUCGCGUUAUUAACACUCUUAAAACAUCUGUUUCAUAUACAGAAAGUUUAGUGAUAGUUACGCGUCCAACAUGUUUCUAUUAAACUCUAGUAAGGAGCUAGUUAGUCUAGUUUGAGAUUACACGCGGAGGAUCUGUGAUGAGUUACACCGUGUUUGUCUGAAGCGUGUUUGUCCUCCGUCAUGGCAUCUAUAGUCAGUGACACGGCUGAAGCUCUGGAUCUGUGUCCGGAGUAUCACCUCUACCUGAAGCCCAUUGCCAAAAUGACCAUCAGCGUGGCCCUUCCUCACCUGAAGCUGCCCGGUAAAUCCAUCUCUAACUGGGAGGUGAUGGAGCGGCUGAAGUCCAUGGUGCAGCCAGAGCAGUUCUCCUCGCUCCGCAUCUCCAAGAGCACCAUGGACUUCAUCCGCUUCGAGGGCGAGGUGGAGAACAGGAGUGUGGUCAAACGAAUCCUGAGCAAACUGGAAGGGAAGAGCAUCAAACUGAGCGGAUUCACCGACAUCCUGAAGGUGCGGUCGGCUGAGAAUAAAGUAGACUUCCCGACACGCCACGACUGGGACUCGUUCUUCAGAGAUGCCAAAGACAUGAACGAGACGGUUCCCGGAGAGCGUCCAGACACCGUUCAUCUGGAGGGGCUUCCCUGCAAGUGGUUCGCGCAGAAGGACGCUUCUCUUGACAGACCUUCAGAGGCCGUCCUGAAAACGGUUUUUGAGCAGUUCGGCAAGAUCCGGAAUGUGGACAUUCCCAUGUUGGAUCCGUACCGCGAAGAGAUGACUGGGAAGAACUUCAACACCUUCUCAUUCGGAGGACAUUUGAACUUUGAAUGUUACCUGCAGUAUCAGGAUCACACGGGCUUCGUCAAAGCCAUGGACUCGCUGAGAGGAAUGAAGCUGAUGUUUAAAGGGGACGACGGGAAAGCCGUGGCCUGCAAUAUUAAGGUGACGUUUGACACGACUAAACACCUGAGUGAAUCUUCAGUAAAGAAACGACAGCAGGAGCGACUGAAGCUUCAGGAGCUCGAGAGACAGCGAGAAGAGCACAAACGACGAGAGAAGGAGGAAGAGGAGAGACGCAGAGAGGAAGAGAGAAAACAGCAUCAGCAGGAGGAAGAGGAGAAAGAGAGGAGACGAGAGGAGAAACUGCGUAAACGUGAGCAGAAGCUGAAGGAGAGAGAGGAGAAGAAGAACAUGAAGAACAUGAAGAAGAUGAAGAAACAUCAGGAGGAAGAGCAGAAGAAGCUUCACCUGAAGAUCGCCUUGGAGGAGAGGAAACUCCUGCUGGCCCAGAGGAACCUGGAGUCCAUCAGACUCAUCGCAGAGUUACUGAGCAGAGCAAAGAUGCUGAAGCAGCAGCAGAUGGAGCGGCAGAAGGUGGAGCUGGCGCGGCUGCAGCAGCUGGAGGAGCGCAGACAUCUGCAGGAGGAGGAGCUGAGGCGAGUUGAGGGCGAGAAGGCGCGUGCUCUCGAACUGCAGCGGAAAGAGCGCGAGCUGCGUGACAGACUGCUGGGAAACCUGCUGAGGAAAAGCACAGACACGGACCCACAGGACGCGAAGACCCACGAGAACCGCAGCAAGCAUGAGCGCCGCCGAAACAGCAGGAGGCGGAGCCACGAGCGCAGGAGUCGCAGGAGUCGCAGUCGCAGCAGGAACCGUCAAAGGCGCAGCCGCCAGCGCAGCAGUAGUCGCAGGAGGAGCAGCAGCCGAACGGGACGUGCUCGCGGGAAGCGUAACCGAGCGAGUCCCGAGCGCCGCAGGAAGUACAGUCACAGCCAGAGCAGCAGCAAGAGUCGCAGCAGUCGCAGCAAGAGUCGGUCGUCCAGUCGAGAUCGUCGGCAUCUCUCUUCCCAGCGCUCCAGACGACACUGAGAGAGCGGAGAGCGUGUUGAAUGGCAGUGAAGAACAACACACUACUGUCUCGCUGCAGAAUCACAGGAAGUAAAUAAUUAUGUUUUGCUUAAGGAAAAUGUUUAGGCCCCAUUUAUAGGACCGUUAAGAUUUUUUUUUUGCACUGUGGAAUUAUUGUCAUGACAUUAAAACACAAUUCAGGUUCCCCCAAAUUCUCAUAACUGCGUUCGGAUAUUUAUUUUUAUUAUUUUAUUUUUAAGUAAUUUGCAUUAUUCUCAAUGAUGAUUCUCAUGAGUUAUAGCAGUCAUUUUUUUGUACUAUUUUAUAAGUAAUAAUUGUUCAGCAAAUUAAUGAAAUAUGGUAUUUGUUUAUUUAAAUUGCCAUUUUCAAACAAAAUAUUUUCAUACAAAAUUCUUAUU